UGUGGCCCCCAGUGUGGCCCUGGAGCCCAGCCUGAGCUUCUCCAGCAUGAGCUACAGCUCUGGCUACUGCUCUGAAGAGCCACCAAGGCUUAGGACACGCUCCAGCAGGAGCUUCUCUAGUGGCAUCAGCACAAGGACCGGUGCUAGCUGCAGUGAGUGCAGUGUGUGUGUGUGUUUGUGAAUGAGAGACAACAUUAGAGACACCUGGUCUCUAUGCUCGUAGUUUGUUUGUUAGCAUUAGCUGAGCGUUAGCUUUUCUCUCUGCUUGUGCCUUGUUUGUUAGCAUUAGUAUUAGCUUUGGCUCUAUGUGUCUCCCCAUGUAGCCCGUUCAUGGUUGCCUUCCUGGUUGCCUUCCUGGUUUGCCAUCCUGCUCUUCCUCCUCCCCUUUCUUCUGACCUUCGGUGAGUGUUACAUCACAUGUUUACACAUCUAAAUGUCCUCCUAAUCAACUAGAUGUCCUCUGUGUAACUAGUACUACAAUAUCUUCCCAGCAGUAUUCCUGUUUUCAACUGCAUUCCCCACCAUGAAAAUGAAUCUGAUGACCCGACCGACUCAACCUGACCCUCGACCUGACCUGACUCAAAAGACUAUGGUAGGACCUGUUUUUCAUCUGUCUAAUGUUGUACUUAGGCCUACUGUAAAUAUCAUGUCUGUAUUAUCUAUGACUUGAUUGGGUGAAUGCGGCAUUGAAGCUAUGAGCAUGAUAGUCCAAUAAAGACUUGUUGAAUCUCUUUCGACAGCAUGGAACUCCUACCAUGAAUUCAGCUUUCGAAAUGAAAAUGGAUAGUAUACUGGUGAGAGAGAGCGAGAGAGAGAGAGAGAGAAAGAGGGAUGAGAGGGAGAGAGAGUAUGCUGAAAAUAGGUUGGGAUCAAUUCCAUUUAAAUUCCAUCAUUUCAGGGAAGUACACCAAAAUUCCAAUUCCAAUUCCUAGUCUCUUCAAUGCUUUUCAAUUAGGAACAUUUAGAUUUUCAAUUGGAGUUUGUUCCCUUUCUCAAUUGACUAGAAUUUAAAUGGAAUUGACCUCAACUCCGAUGGACAUAUUAAUUUGGUUAUCUGACUUGUGUCUUGCAGAGAGAGAUUGAAAUGAUGAAACAGAAAGAAAAGCAGCAACGGGACAUUUCCGAGGUGAGACGCCUCAAUCUAUCCCUUUAAAUUGGCAUACCUUGAAAGUUUAAAAACACUGCCCAACGUUGUGUUUCGUCCAAUAUUCUUUAAUUUAGGUGUCAAUAAUUGCAGCUCAGGAAUGAAUUAAGGCAAUGGAAUUGAAUUGAACUGAAUUGAGUUUGUCUCCCCUACAGAUGGUGCAAAUAAUGACUAAGGACCUGAGGGACGUGAGGGCCGAGAUUGACGACAUGAGAGUGAGCGUUGACAGGUGAGUGUGGGCCAGUCCUGAAACUAGCUCAGUGCCUAGCCCCUAGCUCCUAGCCCCUAAACCCUAGCCCCUAGCUCCUAGCCCCUAAACCCUAGCCCCUAGUUCCUAGCCCCUAAACCCUAGCCCCUAGCUCCUAGCCCCUAAACCCUAUCCCCUAGCUCCUAGCCCCUAAACCCUAGCCCCUAGCUCCUACUCCUAAAAGUUAUGUUGUAUUCUAUUCUAGAGGACAAACCUCUCUCCCAAAAUGGAAAAUAAAGUUGUAUUGUAUUGUAUUGGUUUGUAUUGUAUUGUAUUGUCUCUAGUGUGGGCUUUGAGAGUGUGAGUUUUGAUCGUCGCCUGGAUCAGGAAGCUACAGAGUUCAGCAAGCAGUUGGCUGAUCAUCAAGAACACCAAUUCCUUACUAGAGGAAGAGUUAGGGCCCUGGAGGACGUCAGCAACACGGUAAUACACACACACACACACACACACACACACACACACACACACACACACACACACACACACACACACACACACACACACACACACACACACACCCUUUCUUUCCUAAUGUAUGUGAUCUCUGUUUCUGUAGCUGCAGCAUCAGGUGACCUCUAUAAAGAACCAGCCUCCUCCCGCUCCGACACCAACCAACACACACCUGACCCCUGAGUUCAAAGAGGCCAUGGGCAAAUGGCUCAGAGAUAGACUAGCCCAGGUAGUUUUUAAAUAGUUUGUAUUAUUUGCCCACAAAAUAAACAUGAAAUGUGAUAUAAUCGUGUGUAAAUGUAUGUUUGUGUGUGGGUGUGUGUGUGUGUGUGUGUCAGGAUGUGAAACAGGUGGUGAAAGACUACAGUCGUCCACUGGCUGACAAAAUGCCCAACUUCGCCCUCGAGUCCCAAGGUUUGUGAUAUCAUCACUGUUCAGCACCAUUGUAUACUGUAUAGAUCAGGGUUCCCCAACUGGUGAUUUUAUUUGCCCCCCCCCCCCCACAGUUUUCUGAGCAAUUUUUUUUACAUAUUUCUUAUUUUUUUGGACAUAAAAGACUGUAUAAACACCAGUUAUUUUACUUUUGGAAAUCUGUUCCCAUGUAUUCCCACGCAUAAUAGAGAGACACAUGAUUGUAUACAAAUGUAAGCAAGUUUUGAAAUGAUCAUGUUUUUGUCAAAUAUUAUAUCUGUUUGGGAUUCUUUUAUGUUCCGGUCCCCCGACCAUCCACUCACGAAAAAAUCGGCCCGCGGUUGAAUCUAGUUGAUGAUUCCUGGUAUAGACUAUAUUAUUGAAUAUGCUCAGAGCUCACUGUGUGUGUGUGUGUGUGUGUGUGUGUGUGUGUGUGUGUGUGUGUGUCCGCGCGUGUGUGUGUGUCCGCGCGUGUGUGUGUGUCCGCGCGUGUGUGUGUGUCCGCGCGUGUGUGUGUGUAGGUGGCAGCAUUGUGACCAGUCGGUGCUCUGAGACAUAUAAAACCGGUUCGGCCCACGUGAGUUUCCUGGGGAUUCCCCUGUGGUUUCCAUCAGAGAGCCCCCGGACUGUCAUCCAGGUAGGGACCCUCUUUCUUUCUUUCUUUCUUUCUUUCUUCUCUCUCUCUCCUCUCUCUCGCCUCUCUCUCUCUCAUUCCUCUCUCUCUCUCUCCGUAUCUCCUCGUCUCUCUCUUCUUCUCGCUCUCUCUCUCUCGCUCUCUUCCUCUCCCUCCAUCACCUCACCUCUCUCUCAUCCUCCAAAGUCAUUUCACUCUCUCCUCUCUUCUCUCUCUCUCUCUCUCUCUCUCUCUCUCUCUCUCUCUCUCUCUUCUCUCUCUUCUCUCUCUCACUUCCUCUCUCUCUCCUCUCUGUUUCUUCUCUCUCUCUUCCUCUAAACGAUGUGCCAUCUUCAAUCCUUACUCCACUUCAACUCCUCCUCUCUUGCUUCCUCCCUCUCUUCUCCUUUUCCUCUCUCCCUAAACGGUCCAUCGGGUGCAUGCCCUCGUCUGUUGGCCGUCUCUCACCUGCCAGUCACAUGACCGUUCUCCUCUCCUCCCCUUCCCGUCCCAUACUACUAUCCCGCAUCUCUCCUCUCCAACGGUCACGUCAUAGCCUUCCAAGUGUUGCCGUUCCUGUGCAUGUCACCUUGACCCCUAUCUACCUGUCACGUAACCAUCAGGUUCUUUGAGCGUUCUGCCGCAUCCUUUAGAAUAACUCUCCACUUCCGCUCUCUCCCUCUCCUUAUAUCCACGGGUUGGUAGUUUGCGGUCCACGGCCGGGACUACCUGGCCCUGUCUCACCCUGUCCACGUCACCCACGUUACUGUGGAGCAUAUCUCCGCCGCCAUCUCUGCCACCGGACACAUCAAAAGCGCUCCCAAGGACUUCGCCGUCUACGUGAGUCACCUCUGACCCCUGUAUAUUUGAUCAGAACCACACAGGGAUGUUUUUGGAGUGUUAUGCUGAGUACCUUUAAUUAACUCUCUAUCUCUCUCUCUUUCUCUCUCUCUGUCUGUGUGUGUAGGGCAUGGCUACUGACAGAGAAGAGGGAACCCGGCUUGGGACUUUCAUGUUUAACCAGGCUGGGGAUCCUGUCCAGACAUUUAAACUGCCUGUGAGUCAGAUACUAACAAAGAGAUAUUAGAGAUACACAUGGAAGAGACCCACUGGGCACACACUGGUUGAAUCAACGUUGUUUCCACUUCAUUUCAAUAAAAUUACAUUGAACCAAAGUGGAAUAGACGUUGAAUUGACGUCUGUGCCCAGUGGGGAUACACAUGGUAGAGAUACACGUGGUAGAGAUACAGAUGACAUAAUUCCAGACCAUGACUCAGAUUAUUCCAAUUUAAUUAGGCUUUAAGCAGUUCAACUUUUGGGAUGAUUGUUUAUGCAACAGGCGGGCUGAAAUAAUAAAAGUGUCAAAAUGAUUCUAACACUGGACUUUUCUCUCUCAGAACCUUAACAGUGUGUAUCACUAUGUGGAGCUUCGCAUCCUCAGCAACUGGGGUCACCAGGAAUACACAUGUGUUUAUCGCAUCCGGGUUCACGGCAAGAUGCCUUCUGUGUGAGACAGAUCCGCUGUACCACAACCCAAGAAUAUCUUCUUUUCCAUAAUUGAGUGUAUAUUUAGCAACUAG